AUGACAGAGGCGGAUCUUCAGGGUGGAAGCAAUCGAGAAUCCAUCGAUAAAGAAUUAGAAGUUCCUACCCUAUCUAUGUCCGUGAGGAAGCCCCCCCCCCCCCAAUUUUCUCUUCUCUCCCUUUCCUUCCCUCUCUUCUUCUUCUUCCUUUCUCCGGUGACCGGCCGGCGACGUCCCAAGCAGCUCCCCACCGGCCGGCGACCCUCCGGCGACGUCCAGGACCACCAGAAACGGCGGCAAGAGAGGGAGAGGAGAGAGAAAACGCGCGCACAGUGGGCAGCGGCUUUUCGGCGCGAUUCCGGCUUCAUCCGACGUCCGAUCGAGGCGAUUCCGGUGGCGUUGGAAAGCUUGUUCCGAGAGCUUUCUUUUGAUACCAAUUUUGAAGCAAAUGGAGGUCGGAUGAGUGAGAUAUGGAGGAGAGAAGUUUCGGGUUUUUCAAGCUUUUUCGUCAGAUCUACGACGAUCCGACCGUUGGAUCGACGAUCCGAGACCACAUAUGGACUGAGGAAGAGGAGAGGAACAUGGUGGUAUGAUCAGACCCGGCAAAUGUCGCCGGCGACCGGCGGCCGGCCACCGUGCGCGGUGGUGCCGGCGGUGGCUCCGGUGAGCUAUGGAGAUGGUUCAACUUCCAGAGGCUUCCUCAUAAAUUUUCGGAAUUUUUGAGACACAGAUAAACUUCGGGCUACAGGAGGAGACAUUUUUCAUAAUAACCUGUCCCUUUCCUCUCAGGUUAUGAAAAGAUUACUUAAUUGUAUUAUUAUUCUCUAAAUUUGUAAAUUUAGGACUCCGCAUGUGCUAGUAGUAGUAUUAAGCCUGUCAGGGACUGUAUGAAUUCAAGUUUUCAUAUUAAUAAAUGAAAAGAAAAAAUUUUAUGAGAUUUAAA